CCCAGGAUCUGCAUGCUGAGUUGAGAAGUGUGUGUGUGUGGAAGGAGGCGAGGGCAGAAGAGUGGAGAAUCUCAGUGUCAGUGAUGUGCCCCAGCCUCCUCCAGCCUCCACACUUGGAAUGAAGGGAAGGGUGCUCUUUAUUUGUGAAACAAUAAAGGAACCAAUUGGGUUUCUUUCGUGGAAUUUCAGAAUUAGGACAGAGGCACUUGGGUGUUAGAAGAUCAAAGUACUAGAUAUGAGAGCUGAUGCUGACAUCUUAGGUCAUGUGCAAAUUUAAUUGUAAGCAAAGGAAUCCAACUGGGAGGAGUACUGGGAGGAUAAGGGUCUGGGAGAGAGGGCCCUUCAUUUCAGUGUCCGUUCUCAGGCAGAACUGAAGUUUCAGUAAUAUAUGAGGAUUUUUUGGUAACUUAAAGUACAGUACAGCCAGGCCUUGUGGCACCUGGGAAUCACCAGCAGCCGAGGACGUGUGCAUGCUCUCUCCCUCCGUCUUCGUCCCCCAACCCUCGCCACUGCUACCACCACCACAUGGGCUCUGUUACUGCUUUGUCCAUCCCCUCACUGGUGGCUGGAUUCCUUUGUUUACGAUUAAAUUUGCACAUGACCCAAGAUGUCAGCAUCAGCUCUCCUAUCUAGUGAACUUUCAUCUUCUAACACCCAAGCGUCUCUGUCCUAAUUCUAAAAUUCCACGAAAGAAAACCAUUUGGUCCAGAUCAUCCUUUUAAGACAAGCCUCACAAGUCACCUUUUCUGGCUAAGUACCCAUCCAGUCAGCUGGUGGGAGGAGGCCCGCCAUGUGAUCACUGUCCAUGCAGUCGGGCCGGCGUGCAGCAAACUGACAGAUACGACCUAUAUGUCAUGAGAUAGUUACUGAGCACCUACUCAGUAGUUGCUAGUGAUUUAGAGCUCAGAAAGAGCUCAAGGUAGGGAAGUCCGAAAUAAACCAGGAGUUAGGAUGCACUAGGGUAACUUUGAAGGUAGCAAGAAACACAGCGCCCUCUGGAACUAUAGAGAAUUGGGUGACCAGGGUAUUUCCUCUAUGGCUGGAUCAUCAUUCAAAAGACUCAAAUAGGGCCAUUCCCUCCACUUGAGCUCUGUGAAAUGGGCCUCUGGGCAUUUAAAGAGGUUACCAGUCAGGGUUCUUUAACGAAUAAAAGUGGAGCUGCAGAGUAUGGUGCCAGUACCCCUCUCCUAGAUACUGCAUAGCUUCCAACUGCCUCUGGCUCCUGAAAAAUAUCACAACAGAUCUGGAGGAGAAGGGUCUCUGAAAAUUUAUGAAUGCUUAUAACUUAAUUGAGGUAGGUCAUUUCCCUGCCUAUAUACACAUUGGCAUGAUCUGAUGGUCUGUGGUCAAGAGACUCAUAAGUAAUUGGCCUGUGCUGCAUGUUAUUGUGACAAGGAUGAGUAAGACCUUGUUCCUACUCAUAGUGUAGUUCAUUCAAGCAACUAACAUUUAUUGAGCUCCUAGCGUAAGUCAGCUUCUAUGAAUUCCAGGGUAAAUGACGCCUGAUCUCUGCUGUCAAGUAGCUCCUAGCACACAGUGCCAUAAGAGUGAACUAGUUGGGUGAACAGAAGACGGGAGGAAAUGAGAAGGUGCAGGGAAGAAUAGGAGUAAUGGCAAGAGAGGCUAAGAGAGCAUAGUGUAUAUUCAGGAAAUUCUAAGAGAUGUAUGAUUUAAGCAUAGAGUAGAAGUCAAGAAGCAGGAAGAAAUGAGGCUAAAGGAAGAUCUUAUUAUAUCACGCUUCAAGGGUCCCAACAGGGCUCAGCAAAUGGACACCAGGAAUUACUGGCACGUAGCCACUGUCCUGGGGAAGCGUAAGCAGACUGGUGAUGGAGGUCUUGGUCAAAUGUAAGUGUUCAUUUGCAUAUCCAUAGUUAAUAGAGCAGAAGGGAAAGGGGUUCUCCAGACCACGUUUUAACCUCCUUUCUCCGAGGAGACUGGUUCCUGAUGAGAAUCCUUGACAGAAGCGGGGGCUUCCUCAGUGAAUGUUCAGAACAAUAUAGUGUGUGAGUCCUGGCUAAAGUCAAAGGGUGUGUCAGGCUUCAUAUCAGAGGUUUCACUGCUUCUCUUCAGCUUGAAUAGUUUUGUUUUUUAGUUGCUUGUGGAAGGGCACCUGUUAGGUACUCCUAACAGACUACAGCAUCACCAGGACAAAUGGGUCAGAUAAAUGAAGGUUUUAUUACCGUUUUCAGUUCUGGAAGACUUGGGCCUUUGUAUGUCAUUUCUUUGCCAUCUGGGUGACAAGUAAUAGCACUUUUGAACCUUCCAACAUCAACAGAAGGACUCCUGGUUCCAAGGACAUGGGACCUGAGCAAGGCACUUAACAGAUGAGUGCCUCAGUUUUCUCAUUUAUUAAUAGGGCAAACCUCAGUUUUUGGUUGCAUUAGAUAAUGUAAAGUGCUUAUAAAAGUGCCCAACAUGGCCAGGCGCAGUGGCUCACACAUGUAAUCCCAGCACUUUAGGGGGCCGAUGCGGGCGGAUCACCUGAAGUCAGGAGUUCAAGACCAGCCUGACCAACCUGGGGAAACGCCAUCUCUACUAAAAAUACAAAAUUAUCCAGGCGUGAUGGCGCAUGCAGGUAGUCCCAGCUACUGGGGAGGCUGAGGCAGGAGAAUUGCUUGAACCCGGGAGGCGGAGCUUGCGGUAAGCUGAGGUCAUGCCAUUGCACCCCAGCCCGGGCAACAAAAGUGAAACUGUGUCUCAAAACAAAAAAAACUCCCAACAUGUAGUUAGUGCUCAAUACAUAUUAUCAUUCUUAUAUUCCUGAAAACAAUAAUAUCCAAACUCCUGAGCAUAGCACCCAAAACCCUUCAAUAUCUUAGAAUCAUUAGGCUCUCAAAGCAAAUGCCUUGUGGAAAGGUUAUAUAAUUGUGGGAGGCUACUUGUAAUUGUGGACUGCUGUCAUUGCCUCCUCAUUGGUUUUCCUGUAUCCCCUCUAGCCCCACCACUGUCUGCCUUCUUUGAAGCUGACCAGUGCUUCCAUCAAAACGUGCCCAGCCAUGUCACUCUUUCGAAUCUAAUCAUUUCCAGGCACAGAAAUAAAUCCAAAUUUCCUUCCUUCAAGGCCUGUAGUUACUCCUGCAACAGCAUCUCGCAGUCUUCCUUGUUCAGUAGGCCCUCGCCAGUCAUACUGACCUUGCCAAGCCUGGAGUCCACCAAGCAUACUUCUCUCUGGUCAGCAUUUCUGUUCCCUCCCUUUAGAAGGCACUUAACCCUACAGUCACAUCGUUUCUUCCCUCAAUGUAUUCAAAUCUCUGCUCAGGUGUUACCUCCUCAAAGAGAACUUCCAAAACUGCUGCUUGAAAUAAUUCCCCGCCCCAUCACACCCUAACCCCUAACAGUAGUGUUAUCACUACCAGAUAAAUAUUUUCUACUUGUCUGACCCCUCCUCUAGUACAAUUAAAACUCCAUGAGUGCAGGGUUUUCCUAGCUAUUUCUCCAGCCCCUGGACUCGGGGUUCUUACCCUCUGGAGCCCAGUUUGAGUGACCUGGAGUCACGAGGGAGGCGAGAGAGAAGGGUUACCAGCGAUACUCACACAACAUCCUCCCCCUCUGGUGCUUUGCCGGGUCCCUGGGAACUGCUACAUGGGCUGCACAGCGGCUGACCCUGACCUUGUCAAGCACUUGACACAUAAGUGCUCCAAAGUGUCUAUAGAAUGAAAUCUUCAAUAAAACUCCAAACAGAAUGCUGUAGUCACUGACACUGCUUCCUAAAACGUGGCCAACAAUUCCGUAUGUGACAAACAGGUCACAUUGAUUUUUUUUAACGACCAACAAAGUUAAAACCCUCUCAUCUUUCCUUCCUGAGCUCCAUGCAAAUUACCUAUUCAAAAGCAACUAAGCAUCUCCAGUUGGAUAUUCUUAGGCAUCAUCUCAUCCUUGCCAGUCUCUGCAAAAUAUGGUCGACAAAAAUAAAUACCACCUUCUUAAAUACCACCCAGCUGUCCAAGAUGGAGACUUCCUGGCAUCCAGGCGCCUUCCUCUCCCUCGUCCCCACCUCUGAGAAGUUCCCAAGCACGAAGUGUUCUGCGUCCCGAACAUUCCAGGGGCCGCCAGCCACCAUGGGCUCUGUCCUGAGGUGCCAAGCAGGACAUCCCUGCCCGACAUCCUUGUCCUCCCGCACCGCACCCGCGUUAGCGGCUGUGGCGUCGCCACCCCAGCACACGCUGGCCCGCCCGCAGCGCCAGGCUGGAAGUGUCGUGCGCUUGCCAGGCCAAGGGGCAAUUCUGUUGCCUUCCAGGCUUUUUCGGCGCGGUCCCAGUCAGGAACGCGCCCUGUCGCCUCCUACUCCGUCUUCCGGACCCUCCCGAUCCUCUCUCGUCAGCGAUCGGGCGUCGCUCCCCUGGACUAACCUCCCUUGCCCCAUCUUCAGCUUUUCGCUGAUCUGCAUCUUCCUGCGCCUUAGUGCAAGGCAGAGACCUGGUUCUAAAGCGAACGGAACGGAACCGAUUCUGUAAGUUGCAAUGAGCGCGCUGAGGUCGGCGUGGAGGGGUCUCUGGGAAAGGUAGUUUCCGCGCCUACAGCGCCGGGGGCGGGGCCCUGUUCCCGCAGGCGCAAGGCCGCACUGUCUCCGCCGAUUGUCCCUCUGGGAAGUGGAGUCUGGCCGGCGGAACUGCAGCAGCCCUGAGACUUGUGGGAAUUCGGCCCAAGGGUUCCCAGGGCAACGCGCAAGCGCAGUUCGGCUCCCGGCUGCAGACUCCAGCUCAUUGUGUUCUGACUGCGAUGUGGCGCUUGCGAUCUCUCGCCGCCGGCAGAGGCUCCUCGAAGAGCGACACGGGGCUGACGAGGCACGGUGGUCAAAGCCGCAGAGGGAGAGCGGGAGCGGUCGUGAGGUCGUCUGGGGAGAAGGGCGGAGGCAAAGCCGAGGAGCAGGUGUGUGGACCCUUCUAGCCUGAGGAGUCCUGCAGGUGUGAAGCUCCACACCUGCCUCCAUAGCACUUUGCCUGUCCCUAAGAGGGCUCAUCGGAGAAGAAAGAAUGGCUGUCAGCCACCUGCCAACCAUGGUCCAGGAAUCGGUGACCUUCAAGGAUGUGGCUAUACUGUUCACCCAGGAAGAGUGGGGGCAGCUGAGCCCCGCCCAGAGGGCCCUGUACAGGGACGUGAUGCUGGAGAACUACAGCAACCUGGUCUCACUGGGACUCUUAGGACCCAAACCAGAUACGUUUUCCCAGCUAGAAAAAAGGGAAGCGUGGAUGCCAGAGGACACCCCUGGAGGCUUCUGUCUUGACUGGAUGACUAUGCCUGCCAGUAAGAAAUCUACUCUCAAGGCAGAGAUUCCUGAAGAAGAAUUAGAUCCAUGGACAAUAAAGGAAAGAUUCAGUAGCAGUAGUCACUGGAAGUGUGCUAGCCUGCUGGAGUGGCAAUGUGGAGGCCAGGAGAUCAGUUUGCAGCGAGUGGUACUCACUCACCCCAACACCCCAUCACAGGAAUGUGAUGAAUCUGGGAGCACUAUGAGCUCAUCUCUUCACAGUGCUCAAAGUCAGGGAUUUCAACCUAGCAAAAAUGCCUUUGAGUGUAGUGAGUGUGGAAAAGUCUUCUCUAAGAGUUCAACUCUUAAUAAACAUCAGAAAAUUCAUACUGAAAAAAAUGCAAAUCAGAAAAUUCAUAUUAAGGAGAAAAGAUAUGAAUGUAGAGAAUGUGGGAAAGCCUUUCACCAGAGUACGCACCUUAUCCAUCACCAAAGAAUUCACACUGGCGAGAAACCCUAUGAAUGUAAGGAAUGUGGCAAGGCCUUCUCAGUGAGCUCCUCACUUACGUACCAUCAGAAAAUUCAUACUGGAGAGAAGCCUUUUGAAUGCAACUUAUGUGGAAAAGCUUUUAUCCGAAAUAUACACCUUGCCCAUCAUCAUAGAAUACAUACUGGAGAGAAACCUUUUAAAUGUAACAUUUGUGAAAAAGCCUUUGUGUGCAGGGCACACCUUACCAAACACCAGAAUAUCCACAGUGGAGAGAAACCCUAUAAAUGCAAUGAAUGUGGAAAAGCCUUUAAUCAGAGUACAAGUUUCCUUCAGCAUCAGAGAAUUCACACUGGAGAGAAACCCUUUGAAUGUAAUGAAUGUGGGAAGGCCUUCAGGGUGAACUCUUCCCUUACUGAACAUCAGAGAAUUCAUACUGGAGAGAAACCUUAUAAAUGUAAUGAAUGUGGGAAAGCUUUCAGGGAUAAUUCAUCCUUUGCACGACAUCGGAAAAUUCACACUGGAGAGAAACCUUACAGAUGUGGCUUGUGUGAGAAAGCCUUUCGGGACCAAUCAGCACUAGCCCAACAUCAGAGAAUUCAUACUGGGGAAAAACCUUAUACAUGUAACAUAUGUGAAAAAGCCUUCAGUGACCAUUCAGCCCUUACCCAACAUAAGAGAAUUCAUACUAGGGAAAAACCUUACCAAUGUAAAAUCUGUGAGAAAGCCUUUAUCCGAAGCACUCACCUGACUCAACAUCAGAGGAUUCACACAGGAGAGAAACCCUAUAAAUGUAAUAAAUGUGGGAAAGCUUUUAACCAGACUGCAAACCUCAUUCAGCAUCAGAGACAUCAUAUUGGAGAGAAGUGAUAUGAAUGCAGUUUGUAUGGAAGACCUUUGAGACUGAGUAGAUGAAUUAUUGAAUGUGAGAUAAUCCGUUCUAGAGAAUAACUAUGAAAGCUUGCAUCAAGAUAGUCACUUUAUUUACUGAGGGUCAGGUUUCACAGUGUCAUGGGGUUUGGGCAUUUAAGAAUGGCAAACACUCGGCCGGGCACAGUGGCUCACGUCUGUAAUCCCAGCACUUUGGGAGGCCGAGGUGGGCGGAUCAUGAGGUCAGGAGAUCGAGACCAUCCUGGCUAACAGGGUGAAACCCCAUCUCUACUAAAAAUAUAAAAAAUUACCCGGGCAUGGUGGCGGGCGCCUGUAGUCCCAGCUACUCAGGAGGCUGAGGCAGGAGAAUGGCAUGAACCCGGGAGGCAGAGGUUGCAGUGAGCUGAGGUCACGCCACUGCACUCCAGCCUGGGCGACAGAGCAAGACUCAGUCUCAAAAAAAAAAAAAAAAAAAAAAAGAAUGGCAAACACUCCUCAUUCUUUAAUACUGCCUCAAAUAGCAGUACUGUUUGAUUUGUCUGAAUUACCAAGUAUCAGAACCAAAAUGGAGCUUCAUUAACAGCAUUAAAAUUGGUUUAUCAAAUUACAUUUUGACUAUUACAGAAACUGAAAUUGUAAAAAUUAAAGCUGAAAAGCAAAAGAACAAAAAGGUAAAAUGGCCUACAAGCAUUUCACUCUACUAGAUUCUCUUACAUAAGAGAGUUUCCAGCUUUAAUGGAAGCCUUAGUCCUCUCCUCACCCACACCACCGACACCCAGUGUAGAGAAAGUGCAUCACCCACACUUAUUUAAACCAUGCUUCCUGCCUUCUGCUUCAAACCAUCCAUUGUCGGAUCUCUCUGGUCUGUCUGCUGGCUUCAUCCCUGUAGAAUCCCUGUGAGAUGAUUCAUUUGCCCCAAAUGACCCUCUUCUGACUUAGCAACGCCUAACUGUCUGCAUGGUGCCACCUAUCAUUGCCCCUAUGGGGAGUGUGGUGGUCUGGUCUCAGACACAGUCCAUGAUGUUGAAUAUCACACCCAAAUCCAGCCUUCAGAACUUGGUAUCUCUAUCCAGAAGGCACAACUUGAUCAAAAUUCUUGAGUUAUACGUUUCCUCUGGGCUUCAGCUUGACUGAUCCUGGGAUGGCACCUGAAGGAGGGGCUUUGCCUGUGCCGCCUUUACCCUCCAAUUGUUCUGUACUUAGUGACUCUACACAUCAGUCAGGGACUUGCUCAGCUUCAGGUGCAAUGAUCCCACCCACUUACGUUGUACUAUUCCCAGUCACCUCCAUCUGUCGCUGCCCGUUUCUCUAUGUGCAAUUGAUAUAAGAGGUGAAAGCCCCCAGGCCAGUUCUCAGAUUGCUCUGACCCACUGUCUUCCCCCGGCUGGACAGUCCACUGUGUCCACUGCAUUAGAGUACAUUUACUACUCCCAGGAUAAACUGCUGCAUCCUGGUCCUUCCCCUGCUUUUUCUAGGUUUCUGGAGGUAGUAAUUCUAUAUUCAUAGGAAAGCAGACAGCUUUGAAUUUCUGCUUUUGCAUUUGGAAGUGGUCAUUUCCUCUCCUCCAUCUGGGCCUUCCACUAUUUAAAGACUCAUGCUGACAGUGGUGAGAAAAAUGUUGAGUAAUUCCAUGAGUCAAGAAGUCGUCACUAGCACCAUUGAUAUUCUCUGGCAAGGGCCAUGUCCGUGUUCAAAAGUUUGAGUGGUACAGUCGUCCUGCAAGUAUGGUUCCUUUACCCUGUUUUUUUUUUUUCUUUUUCUUUUUCUUUUUUUUUUUGAGACAGAGUCUUGCACUGUCACCCAGGCUGGAGUGCAGUGGUGUGAUCUCGGCUCACUGUAACUUCCACCUCCUGGGUUCAAGUGAUUCUCCUGCCUCAGCCUCCCGAGUAGCUAGGUCUACAGGCACCCACUACCAUGCCCAGCUAAUUUUUUGUAUUUUUAGUAGAGUUGGGGUUUCACUAUGUUGGCCAGGCUGGUCUCAAACUCCUGACCUCGUGAUCCGCCCACCUCGGCCUCCCAAAGUGCUGGGAUUACAGGCGUGAGCCACCGCACCCGGCCACCUUCCCCGUCUUUAAUCUUCAGUGCUUUCAGUAGAAAUCACACAGAUAAGUAACAUCUGUGCAUCACACACACACACACACGCACACGCACACAGCCUCUGAGGGCCCUCUCCCUUUUCCUACCACAAGGAAUGGAGGAGCCUGCACUACUGCAAGCUGGAAUAUAUCAUGCAAUGAAGAUGGGAGGCCAAGCAAAUUUUUCUGGAAAGUGAAGUGGCAAGUUCCUGGUAUGUGGAAGUGCUGUCCGUCAAGUUGAGCAACCCCCUGACCCCUCAGAAUGGAGCACCUCACCCCCAUGUUACAGAAGAGGAUAUUCUAUAUCAUGGUAGAACUCAGUGGGCUCUGGGUUGCAACAUAGACUUGGAAGCUUCCAGCAGCUUCAAAGUCCAAGUAAUCUAAAUUCAGCCUUCAUCUAAUAAAGGCCACCUUUGUGGGCCAGCAUCUCCUGUUAGCUGAUCAGCAACUCAGACUUUCUUCCCUAUUAAGCUGCAUGUGAAGCAGUAUUUCAAGAGGUUUCUUGGGAUUGCCUGUGUCCCACGUCCUCAGAAGUUCAUCUGCAGCUUCACGCAGCUGACACUCUCAGAUUCCGGAGUAAACCUGAAAAAACCAUGUUCACUGCUACAGAUGUCUGUCUUCACCCCAUCCAUGUAAUGUGCCAGGUCUUAACUACCACCCCCUUACCUUGAAUGCCUGAGAAGCACGUUUCUAAGCUGAGUUGGUUGGUGGUUUUGUCUAUUUGUAAUGAACGCAUGAGAACUACCACUACUUGGUAUGUGCCUACAGUUGAGCCAGGGCCAAGGCCUGCAGCCACUUGAGUCUCAUUCACCUCAGCUGCGGCUCCAGGAACUAUGCGUCAGCAGCAUUAAGUGCAGGCUGAAGGCCCCCAUCUGAGAAGACAGUGCACUCUCCCUGAGUUCACCUCUCAUCAGGCUUGGGUUUUCAUGAAAUCAGUCCUCCGAGAUGCCUGUUCACUCAUCCCUGUCUGGGAAGGCAAAAAGUAAGUCACUGGCCUAUUAGAUACGCCCAGGCGGACUUGAAUAUAUUUAUGGUACUAGUACUUGGCCAGGCAGUGGCUUUAUUGUAUUAUACUGUAGGAUUACGAGCUCACUGCAUGGCCUUCUCAACUAGGGGAGGGGACACUGCCUGGGUCCUAGUCAUACUUUUCUCACGUGGAUGAUACUUCUCUCUACCUGGGCAUUCUGACCUGCCCCAGCUCAACCCCUAAAAGUACAUUUCUGAGGACCCUGCAGUAAGACUUUUUCAGCCACAAUCUUCUCUACCAGCUGAUCUGUGUGGUGUUAGACAUUUCAGUACUUACUGAGAGGGAGUUUUCUGUGCCCCACCUUCAGCUGGGUUAAUCCCCAAAGAACCUGUGUUUCCUAGGAAGAGCAGUUCAUUCCAUACCUUGCUUUUGUAGUCCUAAUGGCCAUGUCGACAUACCCAGCUGUGACAAGAUGAAGGACCACGAUUUGGGACUCUUCAGGGACAGACUUGGCCACCUGGUGAUGUGCCACCUUCAGCAGCUCUGUCUUCACACGUCCAGCCUGCGCCUGCUUCAUGUAGUACACAAGACUGCUCUGGUACACCACGACCAUGACCUUCACAUGAGGCCAGUCUCCCCGCCCCUCACCUGGGCCAUAGAAAAAGGUAAGAGCCUGAGAAGCAGCUCCUGGCCUCUCCUCCCACCUCGGAGCCUUCCGAGACCCAUCACAGUGCCAGCUCCACUCUGCCCAGUUUGAGGAGGGAAUUGGCAUCUAGACUGAUAGUUUCUUCAUUUCUAUGGGCUUCUGGGAACAGCCACUGAAACUGCCUCCUUGUUACCGAAAAAAAACAGUUGCUUUGGAUUUCCCCUUUCAGAUUCCUCUGCCCAUCUCCUGCCGGGUGCCCCUCAUCUCCAGCUGACUGAUUUGUCAUCUGGGUUCUUUCUCCCUGCCUGCCUGUUUGCCUGGCUUUGACAGCGCCCUCUCUAAGACGUUACCUUCCUCCAUAUUCACUAACUGCUUCUAGAACAGCAUUUGUCCCUGCAGCAGACUCAGGCUUCCAGGUUACUGUGGCCGAGCCUCAGAGUCUUGGAACAAAAUUGCUUUAAACUGAGUGCUUUUGAUGGAGAAAACAAUUUAAUUCAAAAUUAAUCCAAGAACACCAUAGCCUCCCCCUAUCUGAUUGCUCUCCUUUCCUUCGCACUUCGCCCCACCCUCCCCUGUAGCACUGGCUUAGUCGGCAGUACAACGUGGAGACGUCAAUCUCUCACCCCCCUCUGUCUCGCAGUGGGAGGGCUCCCUGCUUCUUGGCCCACCUCAACUCUUGCUAAAUAUAUCUUUGGCAAUUUAAAUAUUUUUAUAACAGUUUGUGAAGGGAAAAGAACGUGAGGCUUGGUUGUUUCUGAUCACUCAAGGACCUCUCAGCAGUGCUGACGGUCCUCCUCUGCAGGUGCCAGCACUGGGUGGUACUCACACUCCCUGUGUUCCGUCUGCCACCCUGUGUACCACAUGUCACUGUUUUUUUUUCUUUCUUUCAAGCGAUUCUCCUGCCUCAGCCUCCCAAGUAGCUGGGAUUACAGGUGCCCACCACCACGCCCGGCUAAUUUUUGUAUUUUUAGUAGAGACGGGGUUUCACAAUGUUGGUCAGGCUGGUCUUGAACUCCUGACCUCGUGAUCCACUUGCCUUGGCCGCGUCACUAUCCUUAAGAAAUUGUUGACAAUAAUUAUUCAUCAGUGUGUCUUUCUGAAAAUAAAAUGAGAAAAGUGCCCAGUUUCUAAGAUGUACAAGUUGCAUUUUUGUCACCUGGUUAUCUAGAUGACACUAAUGCAUGGCCAAAAGCAUUCCAAGUGUUUCUCUCUGUAGCCAGCCUGGCCCGAGCCCCCCACAAUGACCAUCGAAGCCCCACGUGGUCCUGGAAAGCAGCGUGUUCAUGCUGUGGAAUGUAAAGAGCUGUUUCCCAUCACCGGGGCCAGCAGUUCACAUGUGAGGCCACGCCUGGCACCAGAUGCUGUUGUAAGAACUUCGUGUAUAUUCAUUCAUUUAAUCCUCACAAUUGCAUGAAACCGUUACGUCCAUCCUGUUUUGUAUUGUUAUGAGGUAGUCAGUUAAGAUGGAGCCAAAAGAGGCAGAGGAGAGGCUCGGGAUAACAAAUGUACUCACUAUUCCUAGAGACAGGAGGCAGGGCAGGCCACACAAGGCCAUGUGGGCGAGGCACCUGAGUGUUCAGGAGGCAGAAGACAGGAGUCGGCGGGGAGUAGGGGGAAGCAUGAAGCCAGGGCCUUUCUUUGGGUGUCUGAGGGAAAGGCAAGGCAGGGUGGGUGAAUUGUUUAGACUGGCUAGUUUGUGUCAUUUCAGUAAGCUCUAAGCUAUAAGGAUGGGGGUGUCCCUAGGUGCCUGGUGCUCGGCCCUGGGGUGAUGAAGGCAGAGGAAUGUUGCUUCUGGUGUGUGUGGGCCUGAGAGAGGAGGCCUGGCUCUGGCUGGUUACUACAUAUCAAAGACGUGCCCAGCUCAGUCUUUGCUGUCUCUUAAGAACUGGCCAGCCCCGGCUGGGCGCAGUGGCCAUGCCUGUAAUCCCAGCACUUUGGGAGGCGGAGACGGGCGGAUCACGAGGUCAGGAGAUUGAGACCAUCCUGACUAACACGGUGAAACCCCGUCUCUACUAAAAAAAAAAAAAUACAAAAAAUUAGCCGGGUGUGGUGGCGGGCACAUGUAGUCCCAGCUACUUGGGAGGCUGAGGCAGGAGAAUGGUGUGAACCUGGGAGGUGGAGCUUGCAGUGAGCCGAGAUGGCGCCACUGCACUCCAGGCUGGGCAGCGAGACUCCAUCUGAACAAAAAAAAAAAAAGAAGAAGAACUGGCCAGCCCCAGGAAGGGCGGCUCUGUCUGUCCCCAGCCAAAAGGUUUGUUUUUUGUUUGUUUGUUUGUUUUUUGAGAUGGAGUCUCACUCUGUCACCCAGUCUGGAGCACAAUGGUGCAAUCUCGGCUCCCUGUAAACUCAGCCUCCUGGGUUCAAGUGAUUCUCCUGCUUCAGCCUCCCUAGUAGUUGGGAUUACAGGCAUGCACCACCACACCUGGCUAAUUUUUUGUAUUUUUGUAGAGAUGGGGUUUCACCAUAUUGUCCAGGCUGGUCUCGAACUCCUGAUGUUGAGUGAUCUGCCCAGCUUGGCCUCCCAAAGUGCUGGGAUUACAGGUGUGAGCCACCGCAUCUGGCUAAAACAUAAUAUACAGAAAAAUUUUAAAUAUAUACACAAUAUAUUUCACAACUAUUUUAUGACUAUACAACAUUUUACAAUCUAUUUUACAACUGUGUUGGUAUAAAGACAAAAUCUUUGACCCUAAAAGGUCAUUUUUCUUUCCAAUUUGGGGAGAGCUUAAAACAUUUCCAUGAGCCUCUAGAAGCAUUCUGGGCCCCAGGCACUGUCCCUACUGUACCUAAUGGACAAGUCGGUGCUGCCUGGCAUUGGUGGGUGGGGAGGGCUGGGGCCACGUGCUCACCUGGAACCUAAGGAGGUGAGGUUCACCCACACCACAUGAUCCAAGAGUAGAAGUGAGGGGUCCACAAGAAAAACCCAGGGUCUUUCUCCAAAGAAGAGAGGGUGUGGUAAGGUCCCACGCAGGCAAACCACAGAUGACCCCAGGCCUGACGCAGCUGAGGCUGAGGCUGCGGCCUUUGGUGGCUCACCCCCUUCUCAGAUCCACACUUUCUGGGCCAGGCCUGAGGCUGAGCCACGUGGGGGUGAGAGAACCAGGAGCAGGGGGAAGAUGUGGGGGAAGGGCAGGCGGAGUGCUGACCCCGAGGACCUGUUUCCCUGGAAAGGCAGCAGUUUUUAACCUAUCUUAUCGCCAACUCGGAUGAAUUCUUGUACCAGCUGCAUAACUAUACUCCCAAGAUCCAGUUUCUCUCUAACUUCAGGCAUCCACGUUUUCCUGCCAUAGACUCUUGUAACAAACCUCUUUCCUAAUAGUAAAUAGGUAAAAAACAAAAACAAAAACAAAAAAACCCAGAGGCCUUUCUGAUCGUGGUGGCUGACAGCAGAUCCGGCUGCAGUUCCUCUCCUUUCCCUCCCCACCUCCCUCCCUCCUUCCUUCCUUCCUUCCUUUCUCUGUCUCUCUCUGUCUCUGUCCCUCUCUCUCUCUCUCCCCCACACCUCCCCUUCCCUCCUCUCCCCUCCCGUUCCUUUCCUUUCCUUUCUUCUGUCAGCUGAAGCAGCAAGACCACACAGGCCCAUUAGUUCAUGCAGGGGGCCUUGGCAGGACUUGAAACGGAGGAAGCUAUUGUCUGGUUUGGGGCUUUGUAUUUCAAAUUUCCAAGCUGCAGAUAAUUGCUAUAAUAAUGUACAUUUUACCAGAGCAUUAAAAAAUGGAAAAGUUUCCAUUUAUUUUUCUUUCUUUCUCAAUUAAUUUUCCUUGCAGUGAAGAAGAAAUUCCAAAGUUGGAAAAAGUAUUUAACCACCUGAAGUUCAAUUGCUAAUUCACCUCAGUAAUACACCUAGUGGCAAAUCUUUUAUCCUCCAGUUUUUAGUGUCUUUACUGAUUAAAAAAAAUAGAGGUUGACUGGGCCGGGCGCAGUGGCUCACGCCUGUAAUCCCAGCACUUUGGGAGGCCGAAGCGGGCGGAUCACAAGGUCAGGAGAUUGAGACCAUCCUGGCUAACAUGGUGAAACCCCGUCUCUACUAAAAAAUACAAAAAAUUAGCCGGUGUGGUGGCGGGUGCCUGUAGUCCCAGCUACUCGGGAGGCUGAGGCAGGAGAAUGGCGUGAACCCAGGAGGCGGAGCUUGCAGUGAGCAGAGAUCGCGCCACUGCACUCCAGCCUGGGCGACAGAGCGAGACUCCAUCUCAAAAAAAAAAAAAAAAAAGAGGUCGACUGAAGAAUUUAAAAAAUCCUAUCCAUUUAUAUUACUUCUGCCAUUCUUUAUAUAUCAGUGUGUACAUAGGCAGAGAAUGAAACCUGGAGGCUUUUGUCACCAGGGUCAUAGUUUAAACUUAUGAAGUAGACAGUGGGGUUGGGCUGGGAUGGUGCGGUGAAGAUGAUGUCAUGACUAAACAGAUUUAUUAGGAAAGAGGUUUGUUACAAGAGUCUAUGGCAGGAAAACGUGGAUGCCUGAAGUUAGAGAGAAACUGGAUCUUGGGAGUAUAGUUAUGCAGCUGGUACAAGAAUUCAUCCGAGUUGGCGAUAAGAUAGGUAAAGGAUGCAUCAAUGCUUAUUCCUUGAGAAGCAGGUCAUGGUUGGUCCUUCUUGUCUUUUAGGUUUUCUUUAGUCAUGAACUUGUGUUAGCCUUUCUAAUGGUUGUUGUGGUUGUUGUGGUUGUGGUUGUUGUUGUUGUCGUUGUUGGAGAUGGAGUCUCGCUGUGUCGCCAGGCUGGAGUGCACUGGCGCAAUCUUGGCUCACUGCAGUCUCCGCCUCUGGGGUUCAAGCGAUUCUCCUGCCUCAGCCUCCCGAGUAGCUGGGACUACAGGCGCCCGCCACAAUGCCCGGCUAAUUUUUUGUAUUUUUAGUAGAGACGGGGUUUCACCGUGUUAGCCAGGAUGGUCUCGAUCUCCUGACCUCGUGAUCCACCUAGCUUGGCCUCUGAAAGUACCGGGAUUAGAGGCGUGAGCCACCGCGCCCGGCCUCUAAUGGUUUCUGUACUUACCAUUACUGCAUGAGAGAGAGGUUCAUUGAGCACUCGUUAUGAGCCAGACACUGUGCAUUGUUCCUACAUUAUGCCAUGAAAUUUCUAUAAAAACCUUUAGGUUUGUAGGGAUGGAUGAUUACCUAUCAGCUAGAUAUGAGUAUCAUACUUACUUGACAGACAAGGAAUCUUUGACUUAAGUAGCUUGUCCAAGAUCACAACAUGAGAGUUAAGAGAAGGGUUUUAAGUGUGAAGCUUUGUGAUAGAACCCAAACCCUUACCCAAUAAGCUGGACCACCACGGAUCUCAGGAAUUGGUCACUCUGGCUGCCAAAUUUCUGCUCACCUCUUCUCUCUCUUCCUUUUUAUUCUUUUCCCAAAAUAUAAGGACACAUCAAAAGAUGUUUCUGGCCGGGGGCAGUGGGUCAUGCCUGUAAUCCCGGCACUUUGGGAGGCCAUGGCAGUCUGAUCACCUGAGGUCAGGAGUUCAAGACCAGCCUGGCCAACAUGGCAAAACUCCGUCUCUACUAAAAAUACAAAAAUUAGCCGGGCUACUCAGGAGACUGAGGCAGGAGAAUCACUUGAACCCGGGAGGUGGAGGCUGCAGUGAGCUGAGAUCACGCCACUGCACUCCAGCCUGGGGUAUAGAGUGAGACUCUGUCUCAAAAACAAAAAAAAGAUGUUUCUAAGAAUGCCAGUGGUGCACGUUUGAGAGCAGUAUUACUCCAGUGAAUGAAUGUGACCACUACAACCAGUCUGCAUGUGAAACACUUUUUGAAAACACAUGUAUAGAAGAUGUUUCAAGAGUGCAGCUUGGUGCGUGAUUAAGAUGUGUUGUUUCAAUGAAUAAAGGUGUCCACUACACUAUUCUGCAUGUAAUAUACUCUGGAAAGACAUGUGUACAAAAGAUGUUGCUAAAACAUUCUCAACACAGUAGCCAGAGUGGUCCUUUUGUUCGUCAGACCCUCUAACUGUUAUUAAAACCCUCCAGUGUCUCCUCUUCUCACCCAGAGUAAAUUAAAGUCCUUGAUUUUAGUGGCCUUGGCCUACAGGGCCACACAUGGUAUACAUACCCCAGUGCCUCAGGUGACGGUUAGCUUGAUGUGUCACCUGGCCAGGCUAUGGUACUCAGUUACUUAAUCAAACACUGAUCUAGAUGUUGCUGUGAAGGUGUGUUUUGUAGAUGUGGGUAACCUCUACAAUCAGCUGACUUUAGGUAAAGGAGAUUUACCCCCAAUCAUCUGGGUGGGCCUCUUCCAAUCAGUUGAAGGCCUUCGGAGCAAAACUCUCUCUCUAUAUCUUUAUCUAAUCUAUAUCUACGUCUAAUCUGUUGAUCCUUUGGGCUCUGUUCUCUGGAGAGCCCUGACUGCUCCACUCUGCUGCCUUCCUCACAUUUUCUCCCCCGCUCUCCCUACUCCUCCAUGCCACUCUCUUUGCUGGGUCCCCAAAACACCAGGCCGACCCCUGCCCUUGGGCCUUGCACUUGCCACUCCGCCUGCAGGACCCCAUCCCCCAGAUAUCCCCAUGGCUCACUCCCCACCUCCUUCAGAUGAAGCCUGUACUGGAUUGCCCUAUUCAGAAUUGCAGCCAUCCCCCGCCAGCUGCCCCAUUCUCUGUACCCUGCUCUGCUGUUUUCUUUUGUCCACAGCACAUCACCCUCUAACAUACAGUGUCAUUUAUUGGUUAGUUUUGUAUGUUGUUUAUUGUGUGUCUCCACCACUAGGGUGCAAGUCCUAUGAGGGAAGCAGUUCCUGUCUAUUUUGUCUGCUGAUGUAUCCCAGGUGCUUAGCACAGAGUAAGCACCCAAGGGUACCUGUGGGACCAAAAUGAAUAAGCAGUCUGUGGGGGGCAGUGAGGAGGGGCUAGCUGGGAGUGAGAUGGGGUCCUGGGACUGCUCAGCUGUGGGGCUGGGUUAAUGAGUGGGGUCUGUGUGGGCAGUGAUUGGUAGGACUGGGAGGAUCAAUGGUAGGCUAAUGGGGCCAGCAAUUUGGGCACCUCUGCAGGGUGCAUUAAGGAGACUCUGGCUUUUAGUGACUGUGGGAGGAAUGAGUAUCUUGCCCAAGGUCACUCAUCUAGCAGAGCUGGAGUUGACCUCAAGAAGACUUAACCAUGACACAGUGCAAGGUCAAGCUGUGAAAGCUGACUUAAAGAAGUACACAGGGCAUGGGCAAGACAAGGUCUGUGUGCCCUGGAAGUUUUACCUGUCUUACCUGUCUGCAGACCAGAAUGGGAAAAAUAACUCAGAUGUUGAUACUACAGGUAAAUUCAGUAUUUGAGAGCUCUGAUCAGACCCAAUCUGGCAGAUUGUAUCAGUGCACAGUGCCUGGGGCCGUGUUCCCCUAGACUAAUGUGCCCUCUCUGCUGUUUCUGUUAGGAGAGUCUGCAGGUAAAUUUGAGAAUAAACCACAGCCAGAUGGAGGUGACAGGAGAGGGCUGGGACCCUAGCAAUGGGACACAGCACCACGGUGCCAUGGAACGGUGAUUUUUAUAAUACUAUGUAGGAUGAAUAAGAGGGAAAAGAUACAAGAAGCAGAAAGACUAGUUAGUAUUCUGACAGAAUAAUUGCUUUAGGUUGAAUAUUCAUGUUGCUCCAAAAUACAUAUGGUGAGAUCCUAACCCCCAUUGUAUGGUAUUUGGAGCUGGGGCCUUUGGGAGGUUAUGAAAGUAGAGCCCUCGGGAAUGGGAUUAGAGCCCUUAUAAAAGAGACCCCAGGGUGCCCUCACACCUCCCACCAUAUGAGGACACAGCAAGGAAGUGCUGUUUAAGAACAAGCAGGCAGCCCUCACCAGACACCAAAUCCACUGGUGUCUUGCUCUUGGACUUUCCAGCCUCCAGAACUAUGAGAAAUGUCUGUUUUUUAGAAGCCACUGAGUCUAUGGUACUCUUUUAUAGCAGCCUGAGUAGAGUAAAACAGUAAUCCACAAAUGAAGUGAUGAGGCUUAAAAUUUUCAAAUUCAGUCUUCUCUUUUUUUUUUUUGGAGACAGAGUUUUUCUUUGUUGCCCAGGCUGGAGUGCAAUGGCACGAUCUCAACUCACAGAAACCUCCACCUCCCGGGUUCAAGCGAUUCUCCAGCCUCAGCCCCCCGAGUAACUGGGUUGCAGACAUGUGCCACCAUGCCCAGCUAAUUUUGUGUUUUUAGUAGAGAUGGUGUUUUGCCGAGAUGGUGUUUCGCCAUGUUGGCCAGGCUGGUCUUGAACUCCUGGCCUCAAGUGAUCCACUCACCUCAGCCUCCCAAAGUGCCAAGAUUACAGGCAUGAGCCACUGCACUCAGCCAAAUCCAGUCCUUUUACUAAUUUACUUCUCUACACCCUUGGCGUGCCUUUUAGAAUUCUAUCCAACUGGUCAGUUUCUUCUUAUCAGAGCCUUAUUCCUUCUUGGUUCCUAUCCCUUACAUUUCUUCAGCCUUUUCUCCACAGGGUGGAAUGUCAUUUUUGAAACCCCCCAAGCUACUUGUAAUAAGCAUCAGUAUUCCACUCUGGCUGUCCAUACUACAGCAGUUUUUCCCCCGUCAAAGCCCAAGAGAUAGAAAAUAUUUAGUUUGGAAUUUUUCAUGUUUAGAAACAAAGGUAUCAAUAUAACAAAGAGUAUGUGUGAAGCAGUUUCAUUCUAUAAAAUGAUGAGAAGAUUCACUUGGAAUUGUGCAUUUUAUUCCAUUUUUGACGAAGUUUUAUGAAACAAUAUCUGUAUAAAGAAGCAAUCGAAGACCUAAAUCAAACUUUUGGGAAAAGUUAAAUUUAUUGAACAGGAAGUAACUGAAUAAAGUCAGUUACCUGGACUCUUUACAGUAAGCAAUGAAUGUAAUAAAUUAAGGGGAAAUUUCUAAAGAGCAAAAAGGAUAAGAAAGGGGACAAAGCUAUAAUAAAUGUGUCAGAAGAUUCACACAAGUGAGACAGCCUAAGAAUAUGGUUACUAUACAGAAGCUCUUCUGUAGAAGUCUCAACACAGUGGACCACAGGGGAGACCUUAUAAAUAGGUGGGUAAAGCUUACAUCAAAACGUAAUCUUACUCUGCUUUAGAGCUCUCAUCCCAGAGAGGAACACUGCAAUUUUAAUUGUGUAAACAUGGAAUAAGCAUCCAACCCAGAACUCCAUUUUCACUGGAACAUAUAAUUCAUACAAAUAAUUCAAGGGCAACAAAUGGGACAAAACCUUCGGUGCAGGUCAGCUGUCACUCGACAUAAGAGAAACCACACUGGAAGAAUGCCUUAUAAAUUCCACACAUAGAAGAAAACCCACAAAACUUUAUUCAGGGGUCCAGAUAAAUUGAUUGGACCUCAAAGAAUUCAAACCCAUGCAUGCAAAAAAACAGGAAAAUCUUUAGGGAGCUGUCAACCUCCACUGAACACCGCAGAAAUGAUCAAAGAGGCUAGGUGCGAUGGCUCACGUUUGUAAUCCCAGCACUUUGGGAGGUGGAGGCAGGAGGCUCGCUCGAGCUCAGAAGUUCGAGACCAGCCUGGGCAACAUAGUGAGACCUCGUCUCUACAAAAAAUAAAACAUUAGCUGGGUAUGGUCGUGCGCACCAGCUACUCAGGAGGCUGAGGCGGGAGGAUUGCUUGAGCCCAGGUCGAAACUGCAGUGAGCUAUGAUCGUGCCACUGCACUCCAGCCUAAGAAAUUGAGCAAGACCCUAUCUCGAAAAAAUAAAAUAAUAACAUAAAGAAAUGAUCACAGGCAGAGACCGUAUGCACACACCGAGUGUGGAAAAGCCCUCUUGUGGAAGUCAGUUAUUUGUGUACAUCAGAAAACUCUGGAAGGAGAGAAACCUUGUGAAGGUACUAAAUAUGACAACAUCUUCAGUAACAGAGGAUGUGCCCCUGUACCCAGAAUGGUGCAUGCUGUGGAGAUACCCUGCAAGUAGACCGAAUGUGAGAAAGCCACAGGAGUACAUGGGCCUCGCGGUGCAUCAGAGUUCCUGCCAGAGAGGCCCACAGGCAUGAACAUGGCAGAGUGUGAAAGUCGUCUGCGGGAAGCCAGGACUCUACGCCAGAAACUUCACACUGGGGAGAAAUCCUCAGUGCAAUCAGUGUAGAAAUGCCUCUACUAAGAACUGCUUCUGAUUCUGAAUCAUAGAGUUCACAGUGGAGAAAACCACAUGAAUGUAAAACUGUGGAAAAGUUUUCAGCUAGAAGCCAGAGCGCACUGCACACCAAAGAAUUCACACUGGGAGAGACAUGAGAAAACAGCAAAUGCAGGAAAACUUUCCCUUGGAGAUCAGAGCUCACUGAUCUCAGAGUUCAUACAGGAGAAGAGCCCUAUACAAUCACGAGGGUGGAACCGCCUUUGGCAAGAAAACACGCCCCAUUACCCAUGAGAGAGCUGCACAGGAGAGAACCCCUGUGGAAUAAAUAAUUCUGGAAAGCAUUCAGCAACAAAUGAAACGUCCUCAUUUGCACUAUAGAGAAGCCCUAGGAACACAACAAAUGUGGAGAAGGAGAGUCAGUAGCGCAACAAAAAUGUUCGUCAGAGGAGAAGCUUUUAAGUUAAUUACUUACAACCUGCAGCAACACCUAGUCCCAAGGCCAAAACCAACUGCGCACCAGAGAAGCUGUAUGGGAAAGUUUGUAUGUUGGAUAAAGCGUGGUUCACCCUCAAAACUAGCUCCAGACAUCACAGACUAGAGAAUGUAUACUGAUCUUAAACAGUGGUCAAUUUAACAAAUGUAAAUUCUACUCCCAGGGACAUAAAAUCCCAUAACUUAAACCAAGCUUUUUGUAAAAACUAUCAGUGAAAAACAAAUGUGCGUGCAUCUGCCGCCCAAGCCUCUUCCUCCCCAGGCCUGGCGCUCAGCUUGCAAAUGGACUUCCCAGUACCUAUGGGGAAGGAAGGGUUUCCAUACCCGUCCUGAGCCAUCCACUUGGGAUUCACCCUCACCACGGCCAUGACUCUCUGUCACUGCUCCCAACCUGGAGCUCCUAAACCCAUCCCCAACCUGAACACAACACAAAUGCACCCCUGCUCCUUGUUCUCACAUCACUAACACUACACACGUGUAUCUGAAUUUCUUCAGGUUUGGGGGGUUUUUUGGUGCUUUUUGUUUUGUUUUUUUGAGACAGAGUCUUGCUCUGUCACCCAGGCUGGAGUACAGUGGCACAAUCACAGCUCACUGCAACCUCCACCUCCCAGGUUCAAGCGAUUCUCCUGCCUCAGCCUCCCAAGUAACUGGGAUUACAGGCACCCACCAUCACACCUGGCUAAUUUUUGUAUUUUUAGUAGAGACAGGGUUUCACCACAUUGGCCAGGCUGGUCUCGAACUCCUGACCUCAGGUGAUCCACCUGCCUCGGCCUCCCAAAGUGCUGGGAUUACAGGUGUGAGCCACCAUGCCUGGCCAAGGUUCGCCCAUGGGAAGUGAGUCUGGUCUGUGGU